AGUGAGGUUCCAGCAUCUCGCCAUCUUCGAGAUUCUUCUCUACUCGGUGCCAUCAUUCUCAGGCACUGCCCGACUACAACAACACGUCUGUGCAAUACAUCGAGCGUAGGUUUCAAAUCACCUACUGCACUGCACUGCACUGCACUGCGCCUCAGUGUUGGUAUUGGUAAUAGAACCCAAUCCUCCACAAAGAAUUAGACCCCAAUUCUGCCCUUGACAACCCGGCCAAAACUCAUUGCACAAAUGCGCUACACACCCACCCUUGGGCAACUCUGAACCAGACCGUACCAGACCGUUCCCGCGCUCACUCGCUCACUCGCUCACUUGUGUUUCUCAGCCUCUCCCACUUACUCACCCUCACCCUCUCCACGUCCACACAGACCCUUCAGUUCCUGGGUCACUCCGUCUCACUCUCGCAUCCUCGCGCCACCCUCGCUCCUGCACCUGCAUCUCCAUCUCUCAUUCUUCAUCUGUCGCCAACCCCCUUCCCUCUCCCUUGCUGCUCCCUUUCCUCGACUUGUCGAUGUCAUGAACUCUCGUUUCAAGAGUUUAGGCUUCGGUUCCAAACGCAAGAGCAGUGCCAAUAUCCAAAACAACUCCUCCGCCUCGCCCAACGGUUCCAUCUCCACCACCACCGGUACUCCUCCCCCUCCCAACUCCUCUCAAACCAGCCUGCCUCCCAUGAAUCAGCCUGGCGCUCCUGGUCGUCCUCCCAGUUACCAGUACAACACUGCUGCCGGUCGUCCCCAGAGUCCUAUGCCCCCACCAGGUCAGAAUCAAAUGGCACAUCAUCCAGCUCCCAUAGACACCUCCAGAGGUUAUACUGGUGGUGCUCCGCAACUGCAGCCCCCAGGGUAUGCUGGUGCCUAUGGUCAGCAAGUUCAACCUCCUCAACCUGGUAUGCAGCAACACAUGGCAAAUCAAUAUGGACCACCGCGUCCAGCUGAAGUCGAUGGAGGCGGCCGUAGUAAGGCUCAACUCAUUGUCGGCAUUGAUUUCGGAACCACUUUUUCAGGUGUCGCUUUCGCCUUUGCGACAAACACUGAGGCCAAGGAGGACAUCAUCACCGAGUGGCCUGGUGCUGGAAAUCAAACCAAACAAAAGAUUCCCACCGUACUCUACUACGACCAAUAUCAAAAGGUCGUCGGAUGGGGUCCUGACAUUGCGGACGCCCUUGCCCCUACCGGCUAUCCCAAACCUGGCGUGCAAAAGGUUGAAUGGUUCAAGUUGCAACUCAUGCUCUCCGGAAACACAUAUAUCGAUCCCAUCAACCUUCCCCCCCUACCUCCUGGCAAGUCAGAGAUUGACGUUGCCGCCGACUAUCUCUUCAAACUGCGAGGCGCCAUGAGAGUUCAAUUACAAAAGACUUUGGGUGAAGUCUUUAGCAGAGAAGAACGAAACAUCCGAUAUUUCUUGACCGUUCCUGCCAUCUGGAACGAUGCCGGCAAGGCUGCCACGAGGGCCGCCGCCAUCCAAGCAGGAUUUAUUCGUGAUGAAAAUGACAAUCGCCUCACCCUCAUCACCGAACCCGAAGCUGCUGCAAUGUUCUGUUCCAAAACCGGCCUCCUCAACCUCAAGAUCCAUGACGCAGUUCUUAUUGUGGAUUGCGGUGGUGGAACCGUCGAUCUGAUCGCCUACGAAGUCGAAGAGGAAACUCCUUUUACCGUCGCCGAGUGUACUGCCGGUAGUGGUGACUCUUGUGGCUCAACCGCCCUCAAUCGAAAUUUCUCAAACAUCCUCCGCGCCAAAAUUCGGAAGAUGAAACUACCAGACGGUUCCAAAACUGCCGGACGAGUCUAUGCAAAAUGUAUCAUGGAUUUUGAGAAUCGGAUAAAGGCCGAUUUCCGAAACAACGGCCAGAAAUGGGCUGUCGAUGUUGGCAUCGAGGCUGAAUUCCCCGAAGCCGGUAUCGAGGAAGGCUACAUGACAUUCACCAAUGAAGAAAUUCUGCAGUGCUUCGAGCCUGUGGUCAAUCGUAUCCUGGAACUCGUGCGCAAUCAGAUCAUUGCCAUUCAAGCCCAGAACAGAGCAUUGCAAAAUGUCUUGGUCGUCGGUGGUUUCGGUGCUUCCGAGUAUCUUUUCCAGCAGAUCAGACUCCAUGUUCCCCCUCAGUUCCAGUCGAAGGUGGUACGACCUAUGGACUCUGUUGCAGCCAUUGUCAAAGGCGCUGUUACAGCCGGUAUCACCGAAAGGGUCGUCACCUCCCGCGUUGCCAGAAGACACUAUCUCAUGGCAACAUUGCAGCCCUUCAAGGAAGGACACCAUCCUGAGCAAUAUCGUGUUCCGUCACUCGAUGGAAAGGAUCGCUGCAAAUAUACUCGACAAGUGUUUGUGCAAAAGGGCGAACGAGUCAAGAUUGGCGAACCCGUCAAGGUCUCAUUCUUCCGUCAAGUCGCCCCAGGCGCCACUUUGAUGUACGAGGAUAUUUUGUACGCUUGUGACGAAGAUGUCUGCCCUGAAUAUACCAAAGACCCGCGCAUCAAGGAGGUGGUCACCCUGACGUCGGACCUCUCACGCAAAAACCUCGAAAAGGACUUUGAACGCAUGGAUACGCCACAGGGAACUUUCUACCGCGUCUACUUCGAUAUCUACCUGACCCUGGAUGGCUCGGAAUUCAACGCCGAGUUGGUGUGCCAAGGAGAAGUCAUGGGAAGAUGCAGUGCACGUUUCCGAUAGAUACAGGCCGUUUCGAGGAGAUGUCGCUCGCUCCCACGGGUAGCGGGACAUGCACGUUUACAGAUACGAUACGCGAGUUGGGCUUCGAACCUCGGCCUGGUUUGGACGAUCGUACCUUGGAGAAGCAAGACCAAACUCAUCUCAAGGCUACAUGUCCGAUGAUCGACAUUUUGGACCGGCAUUUCGGCGAGCAGGACGUCCAAGCAUGCAUUGAAGACCCGAAUCAGGCAGCCCGACUCGCGUCGAAGAACAAGGCAGGAUUUUCACCCAAUACAUCAGUGUAGGGAGGUGCCAUUUGGCCACGGGAGAUUGAUGUUUUAUCGUGGUUGGAGAAGCGCCAUGAUGAUCAGAGUUGCUCAUCUUGCCCAGAUCAGUGUCUUGCACCCAGCACUGGAUCGUAACAAGGGUGAUGGCACAAUCCGCCAGAUCGGGGAAGGAGAAUGAGUGGUGAAGAGACAUUAUGAUAGCGAUAGGAUAUGUUUAGAGAUUCAAGCUGAAGAGAUUUGUUCGAAAUCACUCGAAUUUUUCAACGUUUGACGAAUUGCAGCUGUUGUUCAUGGUCCUUACGACGGAAUAAGCCAUAUGUAUUCUUCAAUGCUGUUUCUGAGGAGAUCUCAUGAAGCCCUUGUCCUGUUGAAUGACGACUUUCGAUAAGUACAUAGUAUACAAACAUGUCGAAUUUGAAACUGA